AUGUUCGACCAACUGGUAUUGGGAGCCGUUUUUGCUGGCCUCAGCAGCAUUGGCAUUUGGCAUUCUGUUCCGCUGACCGGAGUCACUCCUUCUAACUCUUUCUUUUGGCGCAGUCUUAGCUCCCUGGAAAUUGCGUUUUCCGUUCACGAGUUACGCAAAGUCCAUCCUUUGCUUUUCCCCUAUGACGACGCAAUCUCAGAACACGACCUCCUUCUACAACUUUCCCUCGAUGCUCAACAGUAUGAAAAUGCCAGGCUGGCCCUGGAACACUCAGCUGAAGCUGUAUCACUCCAUGUCAAUACCCCAGGAGUUACAGCAACAAUGUUACUCCCGAGUGCCACAGCGAUGCCAACGUCGGGCUAUUUGAACGAUAUCUGGGCAAAUGAGCAUAGCUACGAGGAGCUGCAACAGUUCCACCCAGCCCAGAACAACACGCUAUAUUUCACCGUCAUGGCUACUCUCGUUUUGGUUAUCCUCACAGUGCAGAUAAUGGGCUUUGGGAUGACGAAUAACAUCAAGCAGCACGUCGAGGACCUGCAAUACGAUUAUUUUGACCGAAUGAGCGGCGUGCAAGUGCAAUUCGACACUCUGAUGUUAGAGAUUCGACAGUUCCGAAGGGAAAAUGAACAAGUACGGCCUGUUUUCGUUCACCUGGCGGAGGCUAUCACAAACUCCUCGGCCGACCUCCAACAUUGUUUGUUACAUAUUGUUGGGAUGAUGGAAGACAAAUACACGUCGGGGAUGAUUACCAUUGAAUCCAAGUUGGAUGAGGUCAGUCAACAACACCGCGAUCUGAUGAGAAAUACUGAAAGUUUCCCUCAGAUUCCGAGACAAUUAGCUUGGCUUAACAUACUGAUGGCGAAGAACAUGUCCAACGACCUACCCGAAGGUGCACACAUGGACCAGCCUGAUUUGGAUCUAAGCAAGAGCCCUAGCAUCGAGCAGAUCAAUGGAGCUCGCAACGCCGCAGGGCAACCCAACGGGAUUUCCAACUCUGAGGGAAGUCCAGUUCUUCAGAAUGGGAAAAGGAGGACUAGUUCAGUGCAAUGGUCAGGAUUGGGGCUGACCUAG